UGCGGUCUUGAAUGGAGGAAGUGUCUUCCUGCUGGGUAAACAGUGACAGCUAUAGGGCUGACUCCCUCAGCCCAACGCAGCCCUACGCAGCCUUGCGCUGCCCCCUAAAAACAACCACAAAAUGGAUUCAGACAGUAAACUAAUCGCACAGCUGAAUUCUGAACUCUACUUCCUAAUCGCCCGCUUUCUUCAGGCUGGACCGUGCCAGAACGCAGCGACGACGUUGAUCCGGGAAGUGGAGGAGAAGGAGCUGCUACCCACACGACGGGACUGGACGGGGAAGGAGCACCCUGGGAGAUACGAGGAUUUGGUGAAACUGUAUGGCCACAUCAGUCCGGACCACCUGCUGAAGGUGUGCCAGAGGGUGUGUCCGCUCCUGGAGAGGGAGGUUCCUGCCAGCGUCCCUGGGGUCCACAGUCUGCUGGGGGCGGGGCGACAGAGCCUGCUACGAACCAAUAAGAGUUGUAAACAUGUGGUGUGGAAGGGUUCGGCCCUGGCAGCGCUGCACUGUGGUAGGCCGCCGGAGCCGCCAGUCAUAUACGGGAGCCCACCUAGCAUUGUGGAGACAAAUCACGGCCGUCGUCUUAUUGGUUCAUACCGGCUGGGUCAGCUCCUCCCCACGGCGGUCUACACACACAUGAAGAUGCACAAGAGGAUUCUGGGACAUCUGUCCUCCGUCUACUGCGUUACCUUUGAUCGCACUGGACGACGCAUCUUCACUGGUUCAGAUGACUGCCUGGUGAAGAUCUGGGGGACUGACGAGGGUCGUCUGUUGGCCACAUUGAGGGGACACGCUGCAGAGAUCUCCGACAUGGCUGUGAGCUAUGAGAACACCAUGCUAGCGGCAGGGAGCUGUGACAAGACCAUCAGGGUGUGGUGUCUUCAAACCUGCGCUCCUCUGGCUGUACUGGAGGGCCAUGCUGCUUCUAUCACCUCCCUACAGUUCUCUCCUCUGGUCAGUGGUUUUAAGCGGUUCCUAUCCUCCACCGGAGCCGAUGGAACGAUCUGCUUCUGGCAGUGGGAUGCGAGCACGCUUAAGUUCGGUCAGGGUCCUGGUAAGUUCACAGAGAGGUCCAGACCCGGAGUUCAGAUGAUCUGCUCCUCUUUCAGCGCAGGUGGUAUGUUUCUAGCCACUGGCAGCACAGAUCACAUCAUCAGAGUGUUUUACUUUGGAUCAGGGCAACCUGAGAAGAUCUCUGAACUGGAGGCACACACUGAUAAAGUGGACAGCAUCCAGUUCUCAAACUGCAGUGACAGGUUUGUGAGUGGUAGCAGAGAUGGUACAGCUCGUAUCUGGCAGCUUCAGCAGCAGGAAUGGAGAAGCAUUCUACUGGAUAUGCAGACCAAACUACCAGGGAAAUACAACCCACCCCCCUUGGAGGACAAGGUGACCAAAUUGAAGGUAACCAUGGUAGCCUGGGAUCGCCACGACAACACGGUCAUCACAGCCGCCAACAACCUGACGCUCAAAGUCUGGAACUCCACCACGGGAAACCUCAUCCACGUAUUGAUGGGUCAUGAGGAUGAGGUGUUUGUCCUGGAGCCACACCCCUUCGACCCACGCAUCUUGUUCAGCGCCGGCCAUGAUGGGAACGCCAUCGUCUGGGACCUGGCCCGUGGGGUCAAGAUACGAUCCUACUUCAACAUGAUCGAGGGGCAGGGCCAUGGGGCAGUGUUUGACUGUAAAUGUAGUCCAGACGGUCAACACUUUGCGGCUACAGACUCCCAUGGUCACCUGCUCAUCUUCGGCUUUGGCUCCAGCAGCAAAUAUGACAAGAUAGCGGACCAGAUGUUCUUCCACACCGACUACCGGCCGCUGAUCCGUGAUGCCAAUAACUACGUGUUAGAUGAGCAGACGCAGCAGGCGCCCCACCUCAUGCCACCGCCCUUCCUGGUCGACGUGGACGGUAACCCCCACCCUCCUCGAUACCAGCGUCUCGUUCCCGGCCGGGAGAGCUGCAGAGACCAACAGCUUAUACCUCAGAUGGGAGUCACCUCCUCAGGUCUGAACCAGGUGGUCAGUGAACAAGCUGUUGAAGGAGCGUCUCCAUUGGACAACAUGAUCCACAGACUGCAGCAGGAGCAGGACCAGAGACUGUCUACAGACACGCAUACCAGGGCCAUGAGAGGAUCCGUGGGCUCCCCCUCUGAGGUCCACUCCCCCCCCAACGUGGGUCUGCGUCGCAGCGGUCAGAUCGAGGGGGUGAGGCAGAUGCACAGCAACGCUCCCCGAAGCCAGAUGGCCACGGAGACUGACCUGGUGGCCUGGAGCCGCAGGGUUCUGGUUCCAGAGCUGGGCCUGGGCGUCCUCAGUAGACAGCUGAACUGGAGGGAAGCUAAAGGAGAGGAGGAGAUCAGUGUCUACAGAUCAGAAAGAAAGAGACGCACAGUUCACCUCCACAGAGAAAACAAGUUCUCCUCUCCAGAGUGUGUGACGGAGGAGGCCAGGAGGAGUCAGAGUAACCAUGGCAACCAUGGCUACCAGACACGCGCGGCUGUCGAGGAAACGAGUCGUCAGAGCGCUGAGGUGGCAGAUGAUGACGAUGACAAUGAGAGCAUCUCCGAGGGAGAGGGGGAGGUGCGUCCUCACCCUGUUAAUGGAAACACUUCGGAGGAGAAGGAGGAGGAGGAAGAGGAGAAGGAGCCUUGGCCUGAAGACCACAGCAGUUCCAGUGACUACUCCAGCGACUACUCAGACUGGACAGCAGAUGCAGGGAUCAACCUGGAACCACCAAAGAAGAGCGUAAAGGUGAAGAAGAAGAGCAGCAGCUCUGAGGAGGAUGGAGAGAAGAGGAGAGAGAGGAAAAAAGACAGAAAGAAAGACAAAGUCGACAAAGAUGGAGCAUUACCAAAGAAGAAGAAGCCAAAGGAAAGGAGGAGGAAGAGGGCUGAAUUCCAAGAGGCGGGGCUAACUUUGGAGGAGUGGCUUCCAUCCCCCUGGAUAACAGACACAAUUCCCAGAAGAUGUCCCUAUAUACCACAGAUGGGAGAUGAGGUGUAUUAUUUCCGUCAGGGACAUGAAGCCUACGUGGAGAUGGCCAAACAGAGCAAGAUCUACAGCAUCAACCCCAAGAAACAGCCAUGGCACAAGAUGGAGCUACGGGAGCAGGAGCUGAUGAAGAUUGUGGGUAUUAAAUAUGAGGUGGGUCUUCCGACUCUCUGCUGCCUCAAACUCUCCUUCCUGGAUCCAGACUCUGGCAAGCUGACGGGGGGAUCAUUCUCAAUGAAAUACCACGACAUGCCUGAUGUGAUUGACUUCCUGGUUCUGCGGCAACAGUUUGAUAACGCCAGAAAACGUCACUGGACCAUUGGUGACAGGUUUCGGUCCGUAAUAGAUGAUGCCUGGUGGUUUGGGACCAUUGAGGACCAGGAGCCCUUCCAGUCAGAGUACCCAGACAGUCUGUUCCAGUGUUACAAUGUCUGCUGGGAUAAUGGAGACACGGAGAAGAUGAGUCCUUGGGAUAUGGAGCCAAUCCCCGAUGAUGUAGUGUUUCCAGAGGAGUUGGGUCAGAGUGUCCCACUGACCGAGGAAGAGCAGAGGGAGCUACUGUACGUUCCUCUGGAGGGGGAGUGGGGCACUGCAACGAGGAACCACGAGUGUCUACGCAUAAUCAACGCCAUCGACCAGCUCACCAUGCUGGAUGUAGCAGUACCAUUUGCCCUUCCGGUUGAUCUCAAUGCUUAUCCAACGUACUGUACAGUGGUGGCCUACCUCACCGACCUCAGCACCAUCCGGACCCGGCUGGAGAACCGCUUCUACCGGCGGAUGUCUUCGUUGAUGUGGGAGGUUCGAUAUAUUGAGCACAACGCACAAACCUUUAAUGAAACAGGAGCCUUCAUUGUUAAAACUGCCAAGUUCGUCUCCGAUCUUAUGCUGACCUUCAUCAAAGAUCAGAGUCUGACUGAUAUCAUUCCUCUCUACAAUUCAAUGAAGAAGACGGCUUUCUCCGACACAGAGGAUGAGGACGACGAAGAGGAGGAUGAAGACACUGACGCCCCUGGAACGUCCACACGGAACAAGAAGGGUCGGGCUGGUCUUCAGCGACAACAGCAGCAGCAUGGUUCUGUGAGACGAGGUCGGCCGCGGUCCUUUGACCCCCAGGCCUGGAGGGGGCGCUGUAGAGAUCUACUGGACCUGCUUUUUCAGUGUGAGGACUCUGAACCUUUCAGAGAACCUGUUGACCUGGAACAGUACCCAGACUAUCUGGACAUUGUGGAUACUCCCAUGGAUUUUGGGACUGUGCGGAGCCUCCUCAGCAGGGGGGAGUACACAUCUCCUCUGGAGCUCUGCCAGGAUGUACGACUCAUUUUCAGCAACUCUAAAGCCUACACACCCAGCAAGAAGUCCCGGAUCUACAGCAUGAGUCUGCGUCUGUCUGCGUUGUUUGAGGAACACGUCAGCUCCAUCCUAGCGGACUACAAGGCCAUCCACGGGCAGACGGACAGACAGACCAGACACAGGACGGACAGACAAACAAGGCACAGGCCAGAGAGACAGACGGACAGACAGACACGAAAUGGAGCGGAUAGACAGACACGUCACGCAAUAAAGAGGAGGAAAAGGAGGAGGAGUGACUCGGCCUCUAGCAGCGCAGCCUCAAGCCCUGAGAGGAAGAGGCGUGUGUCAUCAAGGGGUGUGUCCAGACCAGACUCCUCAGCCCCACCCGUGACAGCUCCGGCAGUGCCGUCGCGUCCCCCCUCCCUGAGACAGAACCUCACCCCCAGACAGCCACUCCCCCUUGUCAACGGGAGGGUGGAGCUACAGGCGCCCGGACGGACACGCAGUGCCAGAGUGACACACACGCCGUCAGGAAACACACACAGCCCAGCGGUAGAGUCAUCUUCCCGAUCGUUGCAAGGUCAUAGUUCUGCUUCUUCUCCCGGUGUUCCGGAGCGUUCUAGACUGUCCCUGUUACCGGAUGGAGGCGGAGGGAGCAUGAGACGAAAACUACGGACCCCAGUUCGACACGCACCCAACUCCCCUCUAAGCCCCUCCCCCCAGGCUACAGUCCACCUGAAUGGCCACAGCAGCCAGGUGACUGGAGAUUUGUCCACGAGGCGGCGGGGGCGCAGGCCUAGAGCAGUGACCCCUGACCCUGUCCCUAGCCCUGCCCCCCGGGGUCGCCCACCCGGAAAAAAGAGGGGCAGGAAGUCCAAACAGGAACUAGAGGCUAUUAGGAGAAGUGGUCUCCAGCGAAGCUCCACCCCAGAGGAUGAGCUCGACCAAUCCACGGGAGAUGAGGGUGGGACUUCCUCCUCCACCCAGGAAGCAGCCAUUGUGUCAGACUCUGGGGCUGGACUUCCAGUAACGCCCCGGCGACGUGGUAGGCCGAGACGGAUUAGGACAGACGAAGCCCCGCCGCCUUCAAGCCCUGACCCCUCCCCUUCCCCUCUGAGGAGAAGCAGCCGGCGAAUCAACGACGAGAUCACUCCCCCUUCCCAGGGUCUAUUCCAGUCACGACGUAUGAGGGAGAUGCCCCAGGACACAGAAGAAGAAGAGAAAGACCUGGGUCAGGGAGGAGAGGGGUCGGCGGGGUCAAUGCGUACACGUAACCAGGGGCGACGGACGGCGUGCUAUGUGGAGGAGGACUCGGAAGAGGAGCAGAGACAGCUCCUGUUUGAAGACUCCUCCCUCACCUUCGGAACCUCCUCCAAGGGACGUGUCCGCAAGCUUACAGAGAAAGCCAAGGCCAACCUCAUUGGCUGGUAACCACAAAAAACAAACCACGCCUCUUUUAUAUUGGACCGGUAACCAAGGCAACCACAUGGACAACUUCCACAUAAAGAGGAGGUGGCUGGUUAGUCCAGCUGACCACACUUCAAAGCUGAUAGCUCAUUGGUUGGAAAGUAGGGGGGCAUCGUGGGAGAUGGCUGCUCUUUUUUUAUCCCUGUGUGUGUGUGUGUGUGUGUGUGUGUGUGUGUGCGUGUAUGCGUAUGCGCUGCAACACCAAAUGGGUUGUGAGUUGUGUCUUGGUUUGUCCAGAGAGAGUUAGGGAGGGAAAGAGAGCAGGCUGAAGGUUGUGUCUGUAUGAAAGACUGAGUCCUCAUCAUUAGCAAUACCUGGUGCCUUUGUGUGUGUGUGUGUGUGUGUCUGCAUGUGUGUGUGUGCAUGUGCACACAUGCGUGUGUGUAGAUUGUGUGUUUGUGUGUGUAUGCAUGUAUUGUAUGAAUGUGUGUGUGUGUUGUGUGUGUGUGUUUGUCAGCAUACUACCAGUGGCAUCUUACAGUGUGAGGGGUGUUUGUUGAUAAGAGACAUUCUAGAACUCUGUUUCUGUUCUAUAUUUCUGUGUUAUAGUCAACAUAUUGUUGUUCAACUAAGGUACACUGAGGUUAGCCUGGUUUCACACCUGUACAUGCUAUAAUCACGUGUCUAGGACUGGCAUGACGGUACAAAAAGACUCAUAGCCAGGCUAAGGAGUGUCUCAGACCCUGUUGACCAGUUUGAAGGGGUUACCAUGUCAAAUAUUGUUUUAAUAAAAUCUUUAAAAUAUUCAAAUUUCAAAAAAUCUGUAUGGUGACCACAAGCAGUCCUACUGACCGUACAUGAUCCUGCACUUUCACACGCCUGACCCGAACCGGAUCAAACCAGAUCCAGACUAGCUAGAACUGGAUGGAAACGGAUUAUACUGGACUGGAGACUAAUUCUGUGUUUGUUCUGAUUGUGCCUUGGAUACUCACCCCUCUCUUGGAUAUUCCACUCUUCUCCCGUGCAUACUACACCCCUAACUUGUGGAUACUCCGCCCCUCCCGUGGAUACUCCGCUCCUUUACUGUGGAUACUCUGCCCCUCCCGUGGAUACUCCGCCCCUCCCGUGGAUACUCCGCCCCUCCCGUGGAUACUCCGCCCCUCCCGUGGAUACUCCGCCCCUCUUGCAGACACUCCGCCAUUCAUGUGGAUACUAUGCCCCUCUUGUGGGUACUCUGCCUAUUCUUCUCCCAUGGAUACACCACUCCUCCAUGGAUACACCACUCCCCUCCCUCCCUGGUUGUUCUUUGUUCUGAUUGGUGUCCUGGUUGACCAGGAAGAGGUGGGACCCUGUCUAUCUGCUGGGUUUACCCGCAAAACCAAUCAGGGCCAUCCUCAUUAACUUUUGUUGAAAUGAUUGGUCUGAAAGGGCUAUAAUGCUAGCUUUUCUCAUAUUCCAACCUGGUAGAAUUGGCCACAGUUAGGCCUAUACAAUGAUAUCCUGUAUCAAAAUCAGGCAUCUUAAACACAUCCUUUGCCACUAGGCGACUGGUGGGAGAUUGGUAAACCAUCCAACUGCUUGGUUUGUCGUAGCAUGAUCCUUAAUUGACAAGUUUACUGACGUCACACAAAAUUGUAAAGGGUUUUUGCUAAUAUGACGAAGUUAGACUUGGGUGGUGGUGGCAUGAUCCAUUAAAGCACAGCUAUUGACUAAAGGAAUCUAGUCCACAGUCACAGUAAAUUUCGGGACGAGAUUAUUAAUAAUACAAUAAUAUAUUGCUUCUCCCGCAUUCUGUUCACAUCUCCCUUUCCCCCUUCCAUUUAUGCAGAUUAGUUUGUCGUCACAAUUCAAGGAAUAAAUAUAUAUUCCAUAAAUCAUGGUAUUAUGCUGCUAUUUCAGUGUUCACUCAAAGUUCCAUUGUUUUACCAUGACAAAUCUAUGGCUUCCUUGGCUAUAUUGGCCGAGCAGACCAGAUAUGCCCAGAUAUUUGGAUGUAUAACUUGGAAUAAAAAUGUAAAGAGACCAGCGCAUCUAUUCAAAACAAUAAAACUAAACUCAGUGCCAAACUCAAGGUUAAUAGGCCGCAUUGCAUCUACUCGCAAGCCGGUCCGCAGCCAAAGUUGUAUCAUUUCAUCGUGAGAACCACACUUUUUUGGGGGUUUUUGCACUGUAUUCACAAAUGUGUCUGUUCCUAAAGUCUGACAGGCGAAAUGCCUGUUCAAGAAUGAGUGUUUCACCUAGAUCGUGGACACAAUUUCAAUGGGUAAUCUCAGAGCUACCUAUGCAUUUUCAUAACAUAUGCAGAAAUAAGCUACUGUAUUAUAACAGGCCCAUGUGCUUCUGUUGGUUAGGCUUGGCUUAGUGAAUCUGGCUUUGGGCUGCAGUAAUGCAGUGCACUUCUCUGUUCAUAUUGGAUUAAACCCUAACCCGUUCAUAUUGGAUUAAACCCUAACCCGUUCAUAUUGGAUUAAACCCUAACCCCGUUCAUAUCGGAUUAAACCCUAACCCGUUCAUAUCGGAUUAAACCCUAACCCGUUCAUAUCGGAUUAAACCCUAACCCGUUCAUAUCGGAUUAAACCCUAACCCGUUCAUAUCGGAUUAAACCCUAACCCCGUUCAUAUCGGAUUAAACCCUAACCCGUUCAUAUCGGAUUAAACCCUAACCCCGUUCAUAUUGGAUUAAACCCUAACCCGUUCAUAUUGGAUUAAACCCUAACCCGUUCAUAUUGGAUUAAACCCUAACCCGUUCAUAUUGGAUUAAACCCUAACCCGUUCAUAUUGGAUUAAACCCUAACCCGUUCAUAUCGGAUUAAACCCUAACCCCGUUCAUAUCAGAUUAAACCCUAACACUUCUCUGUUCAUAUUGGAUUAAACCCUAACCCCAUUCAUAUCGGAUUAAACCCUAAUCCUUCUCUGUUCAUAUCGGAUUAAACCCUAACCCUUUGUGAAGCAGUUCUGGAUGUCCGUAAUACCCGCCUAUUGAGUGCUGUGUUAGACCCCUCAGCAGGCUAUGAAAUUAAUGAACAGGGAAAUGUAUAGUGCGAAUCUAAUGAAGACUACGUGUAAACCCAUUAAAUUAAAAUGCUAUGACAGCUGCCCAGUAGCCUAAAUAAUGAUCUGCAUUGAUAGAUUUCAGUAGUUUGUUCACUGACAUCUCAUUUUAACGGGGCCAUAUGUAUGACUUUUGCUGUACUACUAGCAUCAACAGAAACAUAAAUUAACAGAAUACACCUGCAGUUAAUUCUUUUAAGUAAAUAUUUCUUAAUAUUUUUUCCCUCCAAAUUCUUCAGAGUGCCUGAGAUAUUUCCCAUUUGAACUGUCUUGCUGGUGCGUCCAGUGCUGUCUCUAGCCUUUUGGGGGCCCUAAGCAAAAUGUCAGUUGGUGCCCCCUCUCCCCUAUCAAUCGGGGGCUCCAUAGCA